AUGAGAGAGGAGGUGGAGACGGGCGCCCGGUUCCUGUCGCGCCUGGUGAACCGGCACGGCCAGCUGGACGAGGGGCGCAUGGAACAGUUCGGGGAGCGCCUGGCCGCCAUCCUGCGGGAGAGGUACAGCCGGCACUGGUAUCCCGAGAACCCCGCCAAGGGGCAGGCCUACAGGUGUAUCCGAAUCAACCGGCGGCAGCGGGUGGACGAGUCGCUGCUCCGGGCCUGCGCGGGCUGCGGGCUGGAGUACUCGGAGCUGGCGCUGCCGCGGGAGCUCUCGCUCUGGAUCGACCCGGGGGAGGUCUGCUGUAGGCUUGGGGAGAACAGCCAGUACUUCACGGUGAGCCCCUCGGAAGUGGGCGGCGGCAAAGGGACCCCGGAGCCCGAGACGUCGGACUAUCACUCGGAGUCGCCGUCAGAGAGCUCCUCGGAGGACGAGGGAUCAGCCCGGCCCUCGCCGGCACCGGCCCCAGCCCCGAGCAGACCCGCCCUGCAGGAGCCCGGCAAACAGGCCGCCGAGUUGUUCUACGUCCCGGCCCCCAUGUGGGUCCCCUGCACCGCCCAGCGCCUGGUCAGCUACAUCCCCACCUACCAGCCCCUCACCUUCUACUACGUCAGCGUCGGAGCAAAGCCCUCGCCGGCGAAGAGAUCCAACCCCGACCGGCUGCGGCGCCUCACCCACCGGGCUGCCAAGGCUUAG